UUGUAACAUUUCCACAACUGUAGCCAACUUUUGUGCAUGAUCAUGACAUGAAUAUAUAAGAUAUCUCUUACCUUCUUCUUCUUCUUCUUCUUCUACUAAUAAGAUUAGAGUUUUGGUUCUUCUUCUUUGUUCUCUAAAAAAAUGGGUAGAUCACCAUGUUGUGACAAAUUGGGUUUGAAGAAAGGACCUUGGACACCAGAAGAGGAUCAGAAACUUUUAGCUUAUAUUGAAGAACAUGGUCAUGGAAGUUGGCGUUCAUUGCCUGAGAAAGCUGGUCUUCAUCGAUGUGGAAAAAGUUGCAGACUCAGAUGGACUAACUACCUAAGACCUGACAUCAAAAGAGGCAAAUUCAACUUACAAGAAGAACAAACCAUUAUCCAACUCCAUGCUCUGUUAGGAAACAGAUGGUCAGCGAUUGCUACUCAUUUGCCAAAGAGAACAGACAACGAGAUCAAGAACUAUUGGAACACUCAUUUAAAGAAACGUUUAGUGAAAAUGGGGAUUGAUCCAGUGACUCAUAAACCCAAAAACGAGACUCCUUUAUCUUCUCUUGGUCUAUCCAAGAACGCAGCUAUACUUAGCCACACUGCUCAAUGGGAAAGUGCAAGGCUUGAAGCUGAAGCAAGGCUAGCUAGAGAAUCAAAGCUUCUUCAUUUACAACAAUACCAAACCAAAACAUCAUCUCAUCAUCAUCAUCACCAUCAUGGAUUUACUCACAAGUCAUUGCUACCCAAUUGGACAACAAAACCAAACGAAGAUCAACAACAACUUGAAUCUCCGACAUCUACAGUGUCAUUCUCUGAGAUGAAGGAAUCAAUCCCGGCGAAGAUAGAGUUUGUCGGAUCAUCAACUGGUCUAAGUCUGAUGAAAGAACCUGAUCAAAACGAUUGGAUCAACUCAACGAUGCACGAGUUCGAAACUACGCAGAUGGGGGAAGGAAUCGAAGAAGGGUUCACGGGUCUCUUGCUCGGCGGUGAUUCGAUCGACCGGAGUUUCUCCGGAGAGAAAAACGAGACGGCCGGCGAGAGUAGUGGUGGUGAGUGCAACUACUAUGAGGACAACAAGAACUACUUGGACAAAGACGACUCCGAGAGACCAACAGGUGAUUUGAUAAUGACGCUACCUCCAGGACUUUACUCCGGCACCAGCUCUCUUGCUCUGGUGGCUCGUGCUUCGGCUUUUGGCUUGGGUCUCGUCUACGGGAACAUGAAGCUCAAGGUCCUUAAGAUCAAAUCGAUGUCACAGAAGACGGUUGAAGCCACCGCUCAUCAUUAAACCACUUUUCUCUCUUUACAAUAAGAUGCCAAAAGCUGGGGGUGAUAUCUCCCCGGUUAGUUUUUUUCUUUUCAUGAUUCAUCUUUUAGCAUAAGAAGGAACAAAUGUGUUUGAAAAGUUUCUUAUACGGUUUUAAGACCUUUUUGGAGCCAAACUUGCCUCUGGUUUAAAACCCGAGUUAAGAACAUCUUUCUUUUUUGUUGUCAUCCAAUAACACCAUUCACAUUCA